AUGGCCGACAUGAACCAGGUUCCCGUCAACGGCAACUACCCUGCCCAGCAUGGAUACCCCGAAUCUUACAACCAUGCUUCUGUCACCAUGAACACUGCGGCUAGCUUCCAGCCUGCCCAGUCAUCCACUCCUACUACUGUCACUCCCACCGACCAGCAGAAGAACGAGAUCUCUAAGGACGAGGUGGGCUGGUACUUCGUUGAGCAGUACUACACCACCAUGAGCCGCAACCCCGACAAGCUUCACCUGUUCUACUCUCGCCGGUCUCAGCUGGUUUUCGGUACCGAGGCCGAGUCCGUCCCUGUCACUGUUGGUACUAAGGACAUCAACGAGAAGCUCAACUCUUUGAAGUUCCAGGACUGCAAGGUGCGCGUCCUGAAUGUCGAUUCCCAGGCCUCCUUCGACAACAUCCUGGUCUCUGUCAUUGGAGAGAUCUCCAACAACUCCGAGCCGUCGCGCAAGUUCGUGCAGACUUUCGUUCUUGCUGAGCAGCCCAACGGCUACUAUGUGCUCAACGACAUUUUCCGAUACAUGGCGGAAGAGCCAGAGGAAGAAACCGAGCAGCCUACCCCGGCGCCUACUGCCGAAGCCCCUGAGGCCGUUGCUGAGGUCCCCUCUGAGGAGGCUCAGGUUGUCGAUGAGGUCGCUGCCUCCAAGGUCGAUGAAAAGCUCGAGGAGGCUGAGGCUAAUGGUGAGGUUGAGGAGUCCAAGGAGGUCGCUCCCCAGACCAACGGCACCCCCGCCGAGGAGGAGACUCCCGCCCCCGCUCCUGCCGUCCCAGUUGAACUUGUGAACGACGAGAAGCCUGCCACUCCUGAGCCUUCUCCCGCUCCCGAGGAGGAGAUCCCUGAGAAGGAGACCGCCCCUACCCCCGCUGCCCCCAAGACCUGGGCCACUAUUGCGACCACCUCUUUCGCUGCUAAGGCCGCCGCUGCUGCCAAGGCUUCGGCCGCCCAGGCUACUCCUGCUGCUCCUAAGGCUGCUGCUCCCGCUGCUCAGGCCGCCCCUGCCGCUCAACCUACUGCCGCCCCUGCCGCCCCCACUGAGGCUGCUCGUUCCCCGGAGACUCCUUCCACUGAUGCCGGAUGGCAGACUGCUGGUUCCGACCACAAGAAGUCGCAGCCCCGUGCUGGCGAGGAGACCGUUCUCGCUUAUAUCAAGAAUGUCAACGAUAAGGUCGAUGCCAGCCUGCUCAAGCAGACCCUGGCUCGUUUCGGCAAGCUGAAGUACUUCGAUGUCAGCCGUCCCAAGAACUGCGCUUUCGUUGAAUUCAACGAGCCCUCCGGCUACGCUGCCGCCGUUGCCGCCAACCCUCACCAGAUUGGCAGUGAGCAGAUCCUCGUCGAGGAGCGCCGCCCCCGUGGCAACGCUUACGGCAGCAACGGCUUCCCCGCCGGCCGUGGUGGUGGUGCCGGUCGUGGUCGCGGUGACCGUGCUGGCAGCCAGGGUCGUGGUGGCUUCCAGCGUGAGGGUCGUGGAAGCUUCACCCCCGUGGUCGUGGUGGCAACGUCGCUGCCAAGGGUCGCAGCCAGGCCCAGGCUGCUUAAAUAA